AUGCAUCGCGCGGCAGCCGUCGAGCCUUCCGCGUCGGUUGCUGCCUCGUCUUUUCAUUCCGUCCACGCUUUGCCCAGCGCAGGAUGCGCAGCUGCACUGGACCAGCGGACUGCGAGUUCCCUCGAAGCUGAAGUCGUUGCCGAGGCGCUCCAUCGAGCUCUUCCCGCCAAGAGUGAGCAAGGGCCUGACGGGUGUCGGGGGUCUCAGCCGCGGCCAACUGAGCGCCGCGGUCCGCCGCCAGAAAAAAGGAGCGCGCGCUCGUCGCGGGGCGGAUCGCCUGUUUCUGCGCAGUGUGAGGCGGUAUCGCGCUCCUCCUCCGCAGUCGAAGCUAUUCCAGGCGAACUUUCGCCGGGCGGAGGGACGUGCGGGCGCGUCGUCGGGGAGACCGAGCGUCGCGUUUGGGCGACGAACGCUCCUUCUCCACUUUCUUUUCCGCGCGAGGCGGGGCGCGGCGCGGACGGAGAUGAAGAAGCGGCGUCUGGCGUCUUGCCGCCUCUUGCGCGUCGCUGGGGGGCCUCGGGGCGCUUCAGCCGGAAAGAGCGGACGACGGCCGCCACGCCGCUGCACGGCCUCCUCUUUGGACAGUUCCUCUCCUCCUUCAGCUUCUUCACAGUCGGAGCCUUCAGCCGAAUGGUGCGCCGCUGUCUCCUUUCAGCCCUGCGGCUCUUCCUCGCGCAGCUUCUCCACCUGCAGCGCCGCCGGUACCUGCAGGUCUGCUGCGACCCGACGCAGCGCUUCACGCACCUUCUCUCUGGAGGCAGGCUGAAGGCCGAGAGGCACCGCGUGACGACCGCAGAUGGAUACGAGAUCUUCUUCUACCGCCUUGCCAGAGUCCAUCGGCACUGCUGCGGCGGCGAGGCGCCGCGCGUUCGCGCCGACCUCCCCUCGGGCCGCCACGCGGGCGACGAGACAGACGCGUGCGCAGAAGACACCUCCGACGCGGGCGGCGGCUGUGUGUGCCGCUGCGCAGCUGCCUGUGUCUUGCCGAGAGGCGAGAAAAGCUCCGGUGUGUCCUCUGAAACAGACGAGAGCGAGCGGAACUCGGGUCCUUCCUCCAGCCAAGCCGUUCGCCGCCCAGAUUUGCCUGCAACGGGUUUGCGGCCGCCGCGGACCCUCAGUCGGUGCGCUGCCGCCCAUCCUGGCGCGCUGCACGCUGGCGACGUGCCCCUCGUGUCGCCGACGGACUCGCCGCUCCCGGGGCUGAGCGACGACGAGGCCGGGGGGGUCGGAGCUGGUCGCGCGCCGCAUCUUCGUCGGCUCUCGCCUUCCAGUUCGGGCGGACUGUGCGCGCCUGAUCCGCCUUUCAGCGGGGGCUGCCUGCUGGGCGCGCGACUGGGCAGCGCGUCUGGCGGCCCCGGCGAGGCUCUCGGGGAAGGCCCAAACGCGACUGGGUCGUCGUUGUGUGCGGCGGCGGAUGGUCACCCCCCCUGCCACGGUUCUUCCAGUGCGGAGGCAACUUGCUCGACGCAAGACGGGCUUUCCAGCGCGCCGCCCGCGGGCGCGCGGCUGUCCUCGAGGGACGGGCCCUGCUUGGGCAGCGAGGCGGCCGGCGUCCAAGGAGGCCUCGUUCGGGGAGAGGGCGGCGGCGAGCCCGAAGGGGGGAAACCCAUCGUCUUUUUGCAGCACGGGCUUCUGGAGUCGUCUCUGAACUGGAUCAGCGGCGGCGCGGACUCGCUCGCCUUCAUGCUCGUCGACCGCGGCUGCGACGUCUGGAUCGGAAACAACCGAGGGAAUGAAUACGUCCGGCUGCUCCCGGAGAAGCGCGGGGCGAAGGAACCAGCCGCCAGAGCUGACUCUGGGGCCCGCGCGCGGCCCCCGGAAGCGCGGGCGGCCGCCUCGGCGAGCGGCAGCGACGAGAGAGCGAGCGAGGACGACGAGGAGAAGUGCCGCGGGAGGCUGAGGAGGGAAGAAACCGACGAGAGUUGGUGUUCGCUCUCCGACCAAGACAGCGUGUUCACCGAUGCAGAGAUGGACAUCGGCCGGGAGGAGGGCGAGGCGCGCUGGCCUUCGCGCCUUCGCGACGGCGCGUCCAGCGCAGGCUCUGCCGCGGGGCGCCCGGAUAGCUCCCGAGCCCGCUUCUGCGGGCACAGACUGGCUGCCUGGCUCCAGAGUCGCGCGUGGGAGAGGGACGCUGCACGCCUGGAGCCGAGCUUGGCGCAGCCGCGCGGCCAGUCUCACGGCGGAGCUUGCAGUCAGCUCUGCUGCUGUUGCACCGGGCUCACGCCGUAUCCGGCCCUUCGCAACUCGGCGCCGCCGCGAGAAGAGCGCCGCAUCUUGCUGAAUGCGUGUGUGGAGGCGACGGGGACCCUCAUGCGGCUGAUGCGGUGUAGCCGCCCGCGCAAACGCCGCGCCCCGAAACUCUCCUGUCCCCACCAGCACACUCAGCCCCGCCCGCUGAGCACUGCCGCGGGCGAGAGAGCGGCAGGCCGAAGCGGAGAUGCCUCGCAGAGACACAUCGAAAGGGACUUUCCCGCGUCGGCGCCAUGGACUGCGCAGAGGACCGACGGCGACCCGCGGGCGUUUUCUCACUCCAGCACGCGGGCGCCAGCCGCCUCCGCGGCCUCCGCGGCCUCCGCAGCCUCGGGCCGCAGAGGCCCCCGAGGACCGUGCCUCUGCGACGGCGAGAAACUGGGGCUGCUUGAUCAGUCUAGGCGGUCGGCGGCGGACGGAGACGCGAGCGAGCAGGCCGCGUCUCCGGGCUCCUGGCUGCUGGACGGGCGCCGACGGCGGCGGCCGUGCCGGUCGCGGAGAGACACGCUGAGCCGGCGGAGGGAAGAGGAGCGGAACAGCUCGAAGCAACAUCUGCCGCCAUUUUCGACGAUUUCCACCGCGUCGUCUCAGCGCUGGACGUUUCACGACAUGGGAAUGUACGACGUUCCCGCAAUGUUUCACCACAUUCUCACGCUGCCUGCCUCCCGCGGCGGCGCGCUCGUGCCUCCUCAGGGCAGGGAGCCCCCGCGUUUGCGGCGCAUCGUGGCCUUGGGCCAGUCCCAGGGCGCGGCUCAGCUGAUGGCGCUGACCUCGACGGUUCCAGGUGUCUGCCCCCUUCUCCAGGCGCUGAUUCUCUUUUCGCCGCCCGUCAUUCUGCAUCCGCUCUCGUCUAUGUCGCUGUCGACGCGCGCGCUGAUCUCGCUGGGCAUGCGGCACCCCGCGCCGCUGCUGUACGGAAUCAAGGCGGCGGAGACGCUCUUCCCCGCGCCUGCGCUGUCGGUCUUUGGAGACUGCGUCGCAGGCCACCGCAUGAUGGGUUUCUACACGGGCGAGAUCGCCUGGAACCAGAGGUGCAUCAACUUCAAAUUCACCCCGAGUGGGGGAACGAGCAAGCUGAACUUCGAGCACUGGCUGAACGUGAUGCACGGCGGCGCCCCCAUCGGCCAGUUCCGCGGCGCGGAGCCCGGAUGCGCCGGUGCCCCGGCGGCAGAAGCCGAGGAGGGAGGCAGGGAGGCAGGGGACGAGGAGAUGCAGGCCAUUCUGCGGCGCGAGACAGAGGCAGCUCGACAGAAGGAGAAGGCUCGCAAGGUUCUCGAAGACGUCGGCGAGGCGCACGACGCCACGCCCGGCCCUGCCGCGGCUUACCCGCUGGAGAAAAUCGCCUGCCGGACUUACGCGAUCCUGGGAGGCAAAGACAACCUCGUGAAUGCCGAAGCGUCAGCGGAGUACCUGACGGAGUGUCUGGACGCGAGCCGCCUGACUGUGCAGCUGUGGCCCGAGGCAGGCCACCUGGACUUCGGCUGGGCGCAUGCGAGGCGCGCAGACCUUUAUCCAGAACUCGUUCGCCUGAUUGUUUCCGACGUGUGA